AUGGCUGCGAACAAUAAUUCAAUGACAAAUGCAUUCAUCUUGGUGGGAUUCACAGAACAACCAAACAUGAAGAUUCUCCUAUUCCUGGUGUUCUUUGCUGUCUAUCUGGUCACCACGGUGGGGAACCUCGGGCUGGUGGUCUUGAUCUACAUGGAGCACAGUCUUCACACACCCAUGUACAUCUUACUAGGCAACCUGGCUCUUAUGGAUUCCUUCUGUUCAUCUGCCAUCACUCCCAAGAUGCUAGAAAACUUCUUUUCUUUGGACAGAAAGAUGUCUCUCUAUGAAUGCAUGGUACAGUUUUAUUUUUUCUGUCUUGCUGAAACUACAGACUGCUUCCUCCUGGCAGCAAUGGCCUAUGAUCGCUAUGUUGCGAUAUGUAACCCUCUGCAGUACCACACCAUGAUGUCCAAGAAGCUCUGCCUUCAGAUGACCACAGGAGCCUACAUAGCAGGAAACCUGCAUUCAAUAAUUCACAUAGGGUUCUUGUUUAGGUUAACUUUCUGUAGGUCUCAUGUAAUCAAACACUUUUAUUGUGAUGUCUUUCCAUUAUAUAGACUCUCAUGUGUUGACCCUUAUAUCAAUGAAUUGAUGAUGCUCAUCUUGGCUGGUUCAAUUUUAACUUUUACCAUUACUAUAGUCCUGAUAUCUUAUUUCUGUAUCCUUUUUACUAUAUUCACAAUGAAAUCUAAUGAGGGUAGAAGCAAAGCCUUAUCAACUUGUGCUUCCCAUUUUCUGUCUGUGUCAAUAUUCUAUGGUUCUCUUCUCUACAUGUAUGCCCAUCCACAUUCAGUCAAUGAUGGAGAUAAAGAGAUACCUGUAGCUAUUUUUUAUGCUCUAGUAAUUCCUUUAUUAAACCCUUUCAUUUACAGUCUGAGAAAUAAGAAGGUAAUAAAUGUGAUGAAAAAAAACAUGAAAAAGAAAUGA